CUGGCAGAUCAUUAUAUCGGCGUACUCGGUAUUGACUGGGAAGAAACAUGUCGUUGCGCAUUCAGUGACAAAAUAAAUCCGCAUGAUGAUCGUCUGAGUCUACAAAUCAUCAAGGACUUGCAUCGGACAGGGUGGAGUAGUUUAAAAGGAGAUGAAGAGAAGCUUCUUUUGAAACGAGUUCUUUUGGGCUACGCACGCUUUAACAUGACUGUUGGCUACUGCCAAGGCUUCAACGUCAUCGCGGAGAAUGUUCUGGAAGUCAUGGAAUACAAAGAGGAAAUCGCCCUCAAGGUCAUCAUAUUUCUGAUCGAGCACGUGCUUCCGCGUGGUUAUUUUGACAGAUCGCUUUACGCAUUGUCUGUCGACAUGGCUGUAUUGAAAGAUCUUUUAUAUCAAAGACUGCCAAAAACCGCGAAGCAUCUGGAUGACUUGCAACAUCAAUCUCGUGAGUCAAGCGGGUACGAAUUAUUAUCAUCCGAACACAUUACAGCAAGUGAAUUUGAGCCGCCCCUCACAAAUGUCUUUUCAAUGCAAUGGUUUUUGACGAUAUUUGCGACCUCUCUACCGAAAAGCUGUUUAUAUCGAAUCUGGGAUGCGUUAAUGCUUGAAGGUUCAGAAGUGCUUCUGCGAUGUGCGCUGGUCAUCUGGACCAAGUUCAGCCCGUAUGUUGUUUGA